GUAAAGGCCAAAACGAUUUCAAGUAUUUAAAGAAACAAAUUAUAAACUAAUUGGGAAAACAACGACAAUACCAAACCUCAGUUGCGCAUGCGCAAACAGAAGCUAACGCCGCACCACAUACAUACACACACACAUCCAUAAAUACUUAUGAGCACCCAAAAUGGGAACAUGGAAUGUCAGCGCGCAAUUACGAAAAACCUAAAAUAAAUUACAAUAACAGCGGUAAAAACCAAAUCAGCAUAAAGGGUGAUCAACAACAACAAUCACAAGGCAACUUUUCGAGGCAUACGCCAAAGUAUAAUAUGAAGUACGGUUGGAAGAGACAGAAAAGGAAAACAUAAUUUUGGAAGCAUUAACUAAGAGUGGAUUUUAAUUAAUUCACUUCAACUUCUAUACAAACCGAAAAGAGGCGUAAAGAAAUUAUACGAAUUUCCGCUAUUAGCACGCCAGCCCAAUCAUUAUUUGCAAAAUCGAACAACAACAAAAAUGCCAAAAAUCUCGAUAAUCGCACUAUUUCACCUGCUCAUUUUUGCAUUGAUUGCACAAACUUUGAGCGGCGUUCUGCCACCCGCAGCAGUAUGGCGGCGUCUGAGUCGCCGGGAAAUUGGUGGCCCCACGGAGAAUUUGAAGGCCGCUGCUGCCAAUGACGGUGACACUGCGGCAAUGAUAGCAGCGACAACAAGCGAUCAGAGCUCUGGCCUUAGCGACGAUCAAAUCAGUUCGAAACUCAAGUCAAUAGAAGACAUCAGCGCCAAUGCCAGCACAACCGACGCGGAUAGUGAAAGUGAAAUCACACAUGCGGUGAAAAGCACCAAGUUGCUGCCUGCGUUAGGUAAUAAUCUCACCAGCCCAGGUGAACACAAGUCAAGCGAAAAGUUGAUGCUGAAUCGCGUGGAAAGUCAUGAAGCAGAGGGCGAAGAUGGUAACGAUACUAAAAAAGUAAUGGAAGAAACUGAGGAAAAUGAGGAGGUGGAAAAGAAGGAUGACAUCUCUACAGCACACCACGAUUCGAGUGAGUUUACGGAUAAGCAAUUGAGAAAGUAUAGUGAAGAACAAGAUGAAGCGAACACCACACGUUUGGGUUUGGAUGGCGUCUUUAGCAAAGAAGUUAAAGCGCUGGAAAAGUCGCUAACCCCAGAGACCUUAAACAAGCAUAUCAACAAUGGGUUGGACGAAACUGCGCUUGGACAACUUGACGGAAAGUCCAAAUCUGCGCAUGUAAAAGAUGACCAGCCAACAACAACCGAAGUCAUCUUGAAAGAUGUUGAAAAUGUAGCACUAAAAGUGUUGUUGCCAACAACGCCUCCAACGCUGGUAAAAGCUGGUCAUGCUGAGGAUGCUAAAAGCGACUUGGAAGAACGUAAAUCGGAGAUCAUGCACAGCACAGAGAGCUUAGAUGAAGCUAACCAAUCGAUGGGCCGCUCAAUGGACGCUGUGCAGAGCAGCGAAAAUAAGUUAGAAGCGACGUUUGGGGAGAAGCCGAACGCAGAGGAAGUUCUACUCAAAGACACAGUCACAACAACAAUGCCAAAAACAAUAUUAGUGACAAGAACUAAUACAGAAGCAGUUGCGAGCGAGUCUAAAGAGCGAGAGGAGGCACAUAAAGAUACUGAAGGAACAACGAAGAUGCAGCUGCCAACAACUGACGCUACAAAAGCAAUAGCAGAUGAGCAUCAGCUUAACCAAAACAAAACAGAUGUCUUUGAGCAGCAGCGGGAAAACGAACAAAUAGAAGCAACUGAAUUACCACAAAAAUCACAGUCAAAAACAACUGCCGUUAUUGACGCAGAAACAACGAAAGCUCAGCAGAUUCCCUCCAUAAGCAGCACCUCGUCCGUCGAGAAACGUGCCAAAUUCAUUCUCGAUAAUUCAACCAAUUCACAGAAUAUGCAUUUACCUGACGGACCGGAGGUUUGGUCCCUGGCAGGCAUGCGAACGGUGCCGAAAGUGCUGCAUAACAAUCGUGCGUCUACGUUGGUUGCCAAUGACAGCAGCGACGCAAAUUUACGCUGGCAGACAAAUGAAAUUCUAACCACCGAACGUACGCCGAAUGUGAGCAGCUACAGCGAGAAAAAUUUGUUAGAUUGGACGAAGGUAGUGGGGAUGCACGGUGAGCUGGAACCUGAAGGAACUAUUGAAAAAAAUCAAAUAACGGAGGGAGCAGUGGAGCACGAAGGAAUUGAUGACGUUAAAGAAACUAAGACAGAAUUACCCUUGCAGAUGGUUGAUAAGUUGGAAAAUGAAGAACCUUCUAAGGUCACUGACGUCGAAAACAAUGAACAGUUGACUCAUCUCACUACUGAAGGCACUAAAAUGCUCAAUGUUACCGAAAAGUCCCAAGUGAUGAAUGAGUUCGAUAAAAUUCAAAUCGGAACGCCAACCGAAAUGCCCACAUUUGUAACCACCGGGCUAAUCACAACGCCAACUACUGCGCCGACCACCACACAAGCACCAUUAACAGGUGACUCUGCCUUAUCAGUUGAUAAGAGCGAUAAACACGCAGAUUCUAUAAGCACCGGUUCGACAGCUGGCAUUGGAGAGUCGCUGAAUAAGUCGUCGUUUGCGACCACCACUGAAUCAUCAAAUCUACAACAAAGCGCUGAGAAAACAGGUGUAGAAAAUUUCAGCUCUGCUGAGAGCAGCAACACGCAACGCCAGCCAAGCGAUGAUUUCAAUUUCAUUGUUACGUCAACGACGCCACUGGCUGCGUUCGAGGUGGCUAGCGCAACAACAGCAAUGCCAAUAACUAACGAAGCUACGUCGACUACCACAACUGCAGCGCCAAUGCUAACGGCGCUCCCAGUUGAGCAUUCAACCUCGACGCUGCCAUCCCUCAAUGGCACAGAAGCAACACAGCGUUGGGAUAAUAUAACAGCGCGGGAGGCGCAAACCGAGACGACAAAAGCUAUACUUCCGAAUAACGUUGACGCAGCCGUCAACAGCACGAAAGUCGAUAUCAGCAGCAGCACUGGCGGCGUGCACGAUGUUACACUUGAGCUGCACUCGAAACGAGAACCCGAAACUGUAACCGAGACUGAGACUGAGCAGCAAACCACAUUGCUAACAGUUAGUGAGCUACCGACUAGCGAAGCGCACAGACUAACAAGUGCAGGCGAGCGAAUAUCAAACGUGAACGCGAACGUGAGUACGAGUGUGGAAAGGGGUGCGGACAUUUCGACGCAGAACGAAACGCCAAACGUUGCCACGGAAACUACCACUGAAAGUAGUCAAAUUGCAACAACGACCGCCACUAUUAUUCUUACAAACACUACGGUACUGUCAACCGAUUUGGUGGCAACAAAUAUCAGUGCGAAAACAAGUGAAGUGCCCGGAGUGACAGCAACAACAACGGAAGUUGGCCAAAUUGGUAAUGAAGUGGAAUUAGAAGUGCGCACCGUAAACAAUACUGACGCAACUGAGGGAACGACUGACGCAGCGACUGCGACGUUAAAUAGCGAUACAGGUUCAAGUACAAAUAAAGUGCUGGAAGAGGCGGUGACGGAAGGGGAUGAGGCAAGCAUAACAGCGAAAAGUGUGUCGUCCAUAAAUGAGUUAUUAAUGCCAGUGAAUGACACAACAACAACAACAACAACAACAACAACCACAAGUACAACAGCAGUGCCAAUUACGACGCCACCAACGCAAGAAGCAGUCGAACCAGUUUUGUACACGGCAACAACCCUUAAAGGCGACGAAAGCACAAACGAAGAAACGACAACCAAAAUAAUCCCAUUGGCAAUAACAACAGUGCAGCCAACUGGGUCAGUGCUCGAUAAAAGCACUACCACGACUACACAAACACCUGUCGAUUUUCGAAAUCACACAGCUGCGGCGGAGGGUUCACAUGACACAGAAAGUUCAAUCGAAACGAAUGUCAUCGAUCAGCCGGACAAGACGACAAUGAAAAUAAGCGAAUCUACCGCCACCAAACCGACCACCAGCACGACAACUGCCAUAACACCAACAACAAUAAUUGAAUUGGGAGUUGAAAAUCAGAAUCCUGGAGGAAAAAGUGAAACGGUAUCGACGCAGAAUGUGCCGGUGUUCGGUGUGAGUAAUGAAUCGACGUUGCCGAGUGUGCAGGACGCAGACAUGACAACAUCAACAACUACCGCUACAACCACUCCUAUGGCUACCCUACUAUUGAGCCCGAACAGUACUUCAGUGUCGCUGACGCCUGCAGUGAAUAACUCAAGCAGCGGCAUGACAACCACUCAAGCACCGCUCAUCAAUUUGCUUGAUGAUUCGACGACACCAGCUACAACGACUCCCAGCUCGACACCUAAUCAGUCGCCAGCAACUACCUCUAGUAUUGGCGUAAAGCCACAGGAAGUUUACACAGUAUUCUCUACCACCGAAGACACACCCACCACAAGUACCAGCACUGCUGUCGUAGCUCCCCUUGUGCCAAUUUUAAACACUACCACCAGCACCGUUAACGCGCCUGUGGAUUCUUCAACAACCGCUUACAUUCCCAUAGUAGUUAAUACCAUUGCAGUGACGACAACAAUGCUUCCGCCCACACUGCAUGCCAGCAUUGGUGGUGGAGCUAGCAGCGUCAGCUCGCCCACUCACCUAAACCGCGGUGACUCCAACGAAACGGAUGUGAAUGUCAUCAUCGCCAUUACGGUGAGCAUUAUUGGUGUGGUGGCGCUCAUACUGCUCGUCGCUUUCCUCUACUUAAUGCGUAAACGUCAGAAGCAGAUGUCCUACGGUCAACGUUGUCGUCCGGUGAGUUUGGAUGCCUACAGUCUGGACAAUGUCUCUGUUUUGGGUAGUGUGCGACGGAAGGGUGCUCUACGCGCCUCCAAACGCUCUUACGGUAAUAUUGCUUUCGAUGAUCCUUCGCUGCGCCAUAAUACGCUGAGUGCCAGUGAGUUGGCCAAGUUUGUGGAGCGUCGUUCGAGUAUUUUUGAAGAAUUCAGAGAUGUGCCGCAAAUUAUUGCCCGCGCUGAUGAAGUACCACCAGGCUGUGAAGACAAGAAUCGAUAUGCCAAUGUAAUACCGCUUCCCGAGACGCGUGUGGUACUGCAGCAGCUUGGAGAUGAUGAUAAAACGGAAUACAUAAAUGCCAAUUAUGUCAGGGGCCCUAAGGACUCGCCGAAUUACUACAUUGCCACUCAGGCGCCACUCGAGACAACAGUCAUCGACUUCUGGCGCAUGAUUUGGGAACAACAAUCACGCGUGAUCAUACAAGCAACCGAUCUCUAUGAGAACGGCAUUGAAAAGUGCGCUGAAUAUCUGCCACCAUCGGUAACUUUGGACAACCACACGACCUUCGGUGACUUCCAAAUAACACUCAAGCAUCGCGAAGUUAAAGAUAAAUAUGCCAUUUCGACGCUGAUGCUAAAGAACACAGCUGAAAAUAUGAGUCGUGAACUCACGCACUACUGGUACAAAUGGCCUGAGACGGGCGUGCCCAACGAAGAGGCACCCAUCAUUGCGAUGCUGUUAGAGGCGCGCUCAUCACUCAAAGGUUACGUGAACGAGGCGCGGGAAAAGAAUUCAAAUGCUACACUAAAAUCAGAUGCUGACGGCGAAGUGACCGCAAAUGGUAAUGGCGUCACGGUUAUAUCAAUGGAGAAUGGCGGACAGAAGAUAGAGAUGGGACGCGUAAAUGGUACAGCUAAGGAUGAUGGCGGAAAUGUGGAAAUAAAUGGCAACAUUUCAGCGGCGGAUAAAAUGAAAGGGACCACAACGUUAAGGAAUCAGGGUCCCUUAACGAUUCACUGCUCCCCAGGUACUGGACGCACCGGCACCAUCAUUGCAUGUGACAUGGCCAUACGAAGUCUAGAGACGCCGAAGCGUUCCGUUGACAUUCCACAAACUGUUUACUAUGUGCGGCGGGGUCGGGCGAGCGCCGUCCAAACAAAGGAACAAUACGAAUUUAUUUACAAAGUGGCGCAUAUGUACGCGACGAAGAUCACAAACCUAUCAAAUGAUAACUGAGACAGUGUGUGUGCAUAUAAUUACUCCUAAGCCAACUAAUCUAAGUAGAUCAGAGUGUAAUGAUACAAUACCUAUAAGGUGUGCCAGCAAGCAAUGUUAAUUUUUUAGUAGGCAAACUUGGCAGUUAUAUAAUUUUUUUAUUCUUAUUUUUUUCUGCUUCACUCUACAAAAGUAUUUAACACACAUUGUGAAUAUAUUUUUUAUUUAUUGUAUUAAAAAUAUAUAAAAAGAUUUAAGCAUUUGAGCAAAACAUAUUAACAAAAUAUGUUAAGCAUAAUACAAAGUUCACGUCUCACUUGAAAUGGCUGUCGUCAGCCAUACAAAUUGCUUUGCCAUGAAAUAUGCGUGAAGCUCGUAUGUGUAUCGCAGCAAAGCAGUACUCAGUACAUGCCGUGCAAACCGCGCGCAACAUACCAGCAACAUGAUGCCAGCAACAUUGAUUCGCACCUAUUUAAAAUGCACGUUUCAAGUUUAAAAUUGAGCGAAAACUGGCAGUUUGAAUAUUGAGUUCGAAUACUCCGUAGAUAUGGCAUUUUUAAGCGAAAUGCCUAAGUAAAUCUUCUUUAGAUUUUUUUGUAUCAAUAUAUAAUACAUAUCGAUGGUUUUCGAGAAAAGCGACACAACUCAAAAUUAACUAAUUCGGAGUUUUGCCGUUAAAAGCAAAAAUCAACUACAGAGUUUAUAUUUUUUUAUCUGGAAAAGCGUCAUAAGCGAAUCUGGAAGCAAUUCUGAGAGAUGGCGUUAGUGUCGAUUUGUCAAGUGAUCGAAUUGGCGCGUCAAUUAUCUAGAAAACUGACCCACCUCAGUAUUUUGUAUUUUUGAAUUAUGCUACUUUUCUCGAAAACCAUCGAUAUAUGUACGUGUAUUAAUUUAAUUUAAAAGCAAUUUGCUUAACAAAAUUUGCCAAUUGCUCCUAUGGCAACAACUUUUUUCUAAAAUAUUGAUAAUUUGCAUGGUUUCUUUUGCAAAUCGAAUUUUAUUUACUUCUUAUUUGCCUGCUGUUGCUUGUAAACAGUUUGUAGACAUCAAGUAAUCAGAUGAGCAGCACUGAGUUUCCAGCCGUCAGAGAAAAAAGAAAUGAAUCUAAUUCUUUUGCCACCAACGGCAAGAAAUCCGUUCCCGCCUCAAUUCUAUGCAAUUUCAUGCUAAAUACUAAAUGUCAACCCGUUACCCGCUAUCCGCUGCAAUCAUGCUUAAGGGGAAAUACACAAGCCAUUUAAAUUUGAGGGGAAACGACACUUCGUUUGCGAGAGAAGAUACGGCAUUUUUAAGCGAAGUGUCUUCGCAUUUUUUCUUCUUUACAUUUUUUGUACCCAUAUAUACAUAAGUACAUGUGUAUUGAUUUGUUUAAAAGCAAUUUUCUUAACAAAAUUUGCCAAUUGCUUCUGUGUCAAAACUCAUAAAUUUGUCGGUUCUCUCAAAUGAGAGUCAAUGUUGCUAGCAACAUUUCACCGCAUGUCAAAUGCAUGUUGCUAGCGAAAUUUCACGGCUGGGCAAAAAAAUAAUAUAAAAUAAAUAAACGCCCAAAACUGUAUGUAUAUAUUUUUUGAACAUACAUAUGUACACACAUAUAUUGAAAAACUGUACAAUUCUGCAUUUAGUGCUGAAAUGGAUUAAAAACAAAAUUUAAAAUCAAAUUGGCUGGCGCACUUUAUAUUAUUACAUUAUGAUAUACUUACAUAGCAAGUAGAUCACCCGACAUGACGAGCAAAAAAAGUAGUUUUCGAUUUGUGACGUCAGUUUUUCGCAGCAAAAAGUAAAUAAAUAAUCUAAAUCAGAGAACAUAAUGAGAUACAUAGAAGUCAGAGAUUUGUUUUUGAUAAUUUGUGUAGUUAUUUACAUUUCAGUUUAUUUUAAUUGUUAAAUUUCCAAACAAAUCACCAUCAAAGCGCAAGAAAAUCACCAUCAAAUAUGUAAACAAAUGUACAGGGUGGGCCAAAUAAGACCUACUAAUGUAUGCCAAAUAAGACCUAGCAGUAUGCGCAGUUACUCCAUCUUGUUGAAACCACAAAUUAGGAUACUGCUCAGCCAUUGGCCGCAAAAAGCUUCCAAUCAAUGUUCUGUAAGAAGCUCCUGAAAUCAAUUCCGGCGUUUCAUCCUCAUUUUCGAAGGAUAUGGACCGAUAACUCUAGUGACCAUAACACCGCACCAAACAGUACAUUUAGAUGGGUGCAACUGAUGUUGGUGUGUUGCCCUUGGAUUUUCAGAGCCCCACAAUCUACAGUUUUGUUUGUUGACAUAACCAUUUAAAUGGAAAUGCGCUUCAUCCGACAUCAAAACAUUAUUUAAAAAAUCAAUUUGUGUAGCUAAUUGUGUAAAACGAAAGCAUAUUGUAGUCGUUGUUGGUGGUUCCAUAAUAAAUUUCCAACAAUUCAAUUAUAACCUACAAAAAGAGAAAAAUAAAUAUUUCAAAAAAUAAAAAAGUUAUUUGUGCUUAACAUUAGUUGGUCUUAUUUAGCCCACCCUGUAGUUACAAAUCUGACGUCACCAUACUUUUUGCUCCAACGCAAUGAGGAAUGUCCGAUCUAUUCUAUAUUCUCGUAGUUGGUUUAUAGUAUUUACCUACAUUUGUAUACGAAUACUUGUAAAAUAUUGUAAUACAGGCGUACAUAAAUAGACACAUAGGUAUGUACAUAGAUAUGUGCGCAAAUCAGUGUAAAAAGUAAGUGCAUAUAUGUGUGUAUAUGUGUCUGUGUACUGUGAGUUCGCGUGAGAACUCCCAAUAGUCAAAGAAAUCUUAAGAGAUAACACAUGUGUCCGACUGUACUGUGUACUCUUCGUGUAAAUUCGUAUAUGCGCA